GCUUACAGACGUCCCAGGAAGACGGGGAGGAUCCGGAACGAGCACUCGCCCGCCCACCUCUUCGCAGCUGCUGUGUCCGUCCACGUCUGCCGGCAGCCGGUUCCAGCCAUGGCGCGAGUUCUGAUCGUGGGCGCAGGACUUACAGGCAGCUUGUGCGCCGCCCUUUUACGCAAGGAGUUUCCCCAGCGCCCCCUGCACAUCGUGCUUUGGGAUAAGGCCCGGGGUGCAGGGGGAAGAAUGGCCACGAGCCGCGGCUUUCACGAUCCAAAAUGCACGGUAGAUCUAGGAGCCCAGUACGUCACGCGGGUGCCGGAUUAUGCCGAAAAGCAUCAAAGCUUCUAUGAAGAUCUGUUGACUCAUGGAGUACUGAGACCAUUGACUGCCCCAGUAGAAGGAAUGGUGGUGAAAGAAGGAACAGAUAAUUUUGUAACACCUCAGGGAAUGUCUUCCAUUGUCAAGCACUAUUUAAAGGAGUCAGCAGGUGCAGAUAUCUUCUAUGAGCACCAUGUGACACAAAUCUAUCUCAAAGAUGGGAAGUGGGAAGUCUGCAAUACUACAGGCUCCUCGGACCAGUUUGAUAUAGUUAUUCUCACAAUGCCCGUCCCUCAGAUUCUUCAGCUUCAAGGAGACAUUGUGAAAAUAAUUAACAAAAGUCAAAGGCAGCAACUGGAAUCCGUGAGCUACUCCUCUCGCUACGCUCUGGGCCUUUUUUAUGAAGCUGGCACACAGAUUGAUGUCCCUUGGGCGGCACAGUACAUCUCCAAUAAUCCCUGCAUACGCUUCAUCUCCAUCGAUAAUAAGAAGCGCAAUAUAGAAUCAUCUGACAUUGGCCCCUCUGUCGUUGUCCACACCAGUGUCCCCUUUGGAACUGAACAUUUGGAGUGGGACAAGGAAAAGGUGCAGCAAUUGAUCCUAGAACAAUUGGAAGAAAUUAUACCUAGUUUGCCUAAGCCAGCCAGCAUCAAGUGCCAGAGGUGGAGAUAUUCUCAGGUUACCAAAGCUUUCCCUGACUGUCCAGGUCGAAUAACUCUUCAUACCAAACCCUUCCUUGUCUGCGGAGGUGAUGGAUUUAUUCAUUCCAAUUUUGAUGGGUGCAUAGAUUCAGCCAUGAGUAUUGUAGAGGCUUUAAAGUCCAGUUUGUAGGAUUUUCAUCGCUUUCCCUCCAUCAUCAGUUUAUUUCUGUGAUGAAUUAGAUGACGAUAUACUAAAACCCAGUAUACUUGACCUACUUGUCCUCUAUUUUAAGAAAAUAAAUCAUGAAAAGACUUCA